AACACGAAUGAAACGUAUUAAAUAAGAGAGGUGGGGGACAACGUGUGAAUUGAAAUGCUCAUUGACGAUCAAGGGCGAAUGAAGGGAAAUUCCUCCUCAGCCUCGAGAUGAAAGGGGUUUGAAUUAUUGUAUCGACGCACUGAGAAUCUGCCGUAAAGACACCUGGGAAAUGACAAAUAAUAUCCGUGAUACUCACAAAGAUAUGCAGAGAAGCUUCGCCAUUCUACGUGAUAAUAUAAAACAAUUAAAGAGUACACCGAUUCAGGAUGUUCGCGAUGGUAUGAAACGAUUUGGCAUGCCCCCUCAAGUUGGAUUUCGCCGUCUGAGCGCAGAAAGUAAUGCAAUCAUCCAUUUGGGCCAGUGGAUAUGGUUGCUCAGAAAACAAUACAUUGAUGCCAAGAGAUACCCCAAAACAGGAUCUCAGUUCGUCAAAAAUCUGGCUCUAGCUGUCUUUGGAGACGAGCUGAGAUUGAAGAGUGUAACAGGCAAGAAGGGUCCACGUGCACUCGAAAGUAAACCAGCCCUUCCAUCGAACGCAGUCAGGGCUAUAAGAGUUUUAUGAAUUUUACCUGAUCAAUGACCAAAAAUGGACUGAUCCCAAGAAAAUCUGUAAGGAAAUGGAGCGAGC